GAGCUUCCGCUCAUUCAGUCGCUUCUUUUUGUACCUCCAAUUCAUCACACAAUCCUCAUCCGAUUCGAUAGUGCGCGAGUUGAAGGCCCAACGGCAAGCGGACGUGAUACCGAAGACCAUCGCUGUUGGUGAUUCCUGAAAGCACGCCGGCACGUCACGAGAAAUAGCCAGUAAUACCAUAAGGAUAUCCCGUCAACGCGACCAGAAUGAGUUGUAUCCGCCUCUUAGCAUUCGUAUAAAAAGACGCGGGUCGCGUAUGGCUUUGUCGCAUAUCAGUUGCAUUUUGAGAUUCAGUGAGUGACCAACCGAAAGGCGGACAAGUGCAAAGCGCGCGCAACUGGCAAAAACUUAAAAAACAAAAAGGGUGGUGGAAACGGUUGCGUGACGACCGGCGUGACAGAAAUGAAGGGAAAGGAAGCGAUCGUGAUUGUGUGGUUACUGUUGGCACUUCACAACAAAGUGAAAGCCACCUGGAGUCAAUUUUAUCAUCUGCGAGGGCGGCUCAUCUUUCAGGAAGAAUUUGAUUUUUUGAACACAUCUCGGUGGCAGCACAUUAUCACCGCAUGGAGGGGCGGUAACAACGAAUUUGAAUAUUAUACCGAUAGGCCGGAAAACAGUUAUGUUCGGGAUGGUGUCUUGCACAUCAGGCCCACUCUGACAGCCGAUCGUUUUGGUCAGGACUUCCUUUACAAUGGCACGCUGGAUCUCUGGCCGGAAGGGUGCAACGUCAACUACAACGGCGGAUGUGUCGCAACGGCCGGGGAAGACAUAAUCAACCCUAUUCAAUCUGCCCGGAUGCGCACUAUUAAUUCGUUCAGCUUUACUUACGGCACGGUCGAGAUACGCGCUAAAAUGCCCCGCGGCGAUUGGAUUUGGCCAGCCAUGUGGAUGAUGCCAACUGAAAAUCGCUUCGGUCCAUGGCCACGCUCUGGCGAAAUCGACAUUGUCGAAAUUCGAGCCAAUAACGAUUUCACGUGUGGAAACAAACAAAUGGGAAACACCAUCAUGGGCUCCACUCUUCAUUUCGGUACUGACUCGAAACACAAUAUUUGGAGACCUACUCAUUACGAAGCGGUAUUGGAGGAAGGCGAUUUUGCAUCGGAUUUCCACAUUUUCGGACUACAACGGCUACCGCAAUCGAUCCGUUUCUAUGUGGACGGCAUUUUGAUUGGUGAAAUUACUCCGCCGGACGGAGGUUUCUGGGAGGUGGGCCAAUUAUACCAAGAUCCUGGUGGACCCAACAUCUGGGGCAACGGUACAACCAUGACGCCAUUUGACUACCCGUUUCACUUCAUUCUCAACGUGGCAGUGGGCGGCAACUUCUUUCCCGAUGGAUGUAUCAACCGUCCGUUUCCAAAGCCGUGGUCGACAAGGACAAAGCAGCAAAUGCUACCAUUUUGGGAGAAGCGACACGAAUGGCUUCCAACGUGGAACCUUCAUCGAGGCGAUGAUCCAACUAAUGCGCUCCAGGUGGACUAUAUACGGGUUUACGAAUACGAUCCCUACGACACGAUCGACUGGUACUGGUAUCAAAGGAGUUUGGCUAACAACUUCAUUGCCGAUGCAGAACGUUCACCCGUUUAUCCUUGAACGAUAGUCCGAUGGACGAAAAAGUUUACCAAAAAGAUACGUGCCUCUGCAACGUGAUUGUUUUCGUUAAGUUCCUUUUUUUAGUACAAAUAAAAUGAUUGAACUAAAAA